UUAGCUCUUCUCACGCCGGGCAGUUUGCUGCAUCUGGAGGAGCUCACUGGAGAAUCUCCAACACCGGAACGGACCUUCAACUACUAUCUCACCCCCUGCUGAAGGGUAAAGCCCUUUAAGUCUUGAAGUGCAUAUUGAGCAACAGAGGCCCCAACACCAUGCACAGACCAGGGGAGGAGGUCACCAUGCUGUGGACAUUCACCCUCUUGCUCUUUUGCAUUCGGCUGAGUCUGGGUAUGACAUCAAUAGUGAUAAAAUCUCAACCGGAGCUGUGGAUAGAGACCAACUACCCCCAGGCCCCAUGGGAGAACAUCACACUUUGGUGCAAAAGCCCUUCUCGGAUUUCAAGCAAGUUCCUGCUGCUGAAGGAUAAGACACAGAUGACCUGGAUCUGCCCUUCCUACAAGACCUUUCAAGUUUCAUUCCUCAUAGGUGCCCUUACUAAGUCCAAUACAGGUUUUUACAGAUGCUGCUACUUGAAGGAGACAGGCUGGUCAGAGCCCAGUAAAGUUUUAGAGUUGGAGGCACCAGGUCAGCUGCCCAAGCCCAUCUUCUGGAUCCAGUCUGAGACCUCUCCUCUUCCUGGGCAUAAUAUUAACAUAUUUUGUCAUAGCUGGCUACAGGAUUUGGUAUUCAUGCUUUUCAAAGAAGGAUAUGCAGAGCCUGUGGAUUACCAAAUCUCAACUGGAACAGUGGCCAUCUUCUCCAUUGCCAGCAUGGCACCUGAAAGAGAAAUGGUUUACAUUUGCCGCACUCACAUCCAGAUACUCCCCAGCUUGUGGUCAGAGCCCAGCAACCCCCUCAAGCUGAUUGUGGCAGGACUAUAUCCCAAACCAACUCUGACAGCUUAUCCUGGGCCCAUCAUGACACCUGGAGAAAGCCUGAAUCUCAGGUGUCAAGGGCCAAUCUAUGGAAUGACUUUUGCUCUAAUAAAGCUUGAAGACUUGGAGAAGUCCUUUUACCACAAGAGGCCACUAAAAAAUGAGGCACAUUUCUUCUUCCAGGCUUUGAAAAUCCAUGAUGCUGGACAUUACCUCUGUUUUUACUAUGAUGGGUCAUACAGAGGUUCAGUCCUCAGUGAUACCCUGAAAAUCUGGGUAACCGACACUAUCUCCAAGAUCUGGCUACUUGUUCAGCCCAAUCCUGUGGUCCAAAUGGGUCAGAACAUGAGCCUGUGUUGUCAAGGGCCAGUGGAUGGAAUGGGACUUACACUCUAUAAGAAAGAAGACAAAUCGCUUCAACUCAUGGAUGUCACCAACAUUGAUGAUGUUGAGUCAUUCUUCUUCAACAAUGUGACCUCCAGUGAUAUUGGCAUCUAUACCUGCCACUAUCUCCUCUCCUGGAAGACCUCCAUCAGGAUGAUAUCACACAAUACCAUGGAGCUUAUGGUUGUAGAUAAGACCCCCAAACCCUCCCCAUCAGCCUGACCCAGCAGGCUGGACCAUGCCUUCACCCUUCAGUGCUGAGUACAUCUGGUACUUGAAUUUUCUCUAGAAUGAGAAGAAAGAGCAACAUUCCAAAAAUUCUCAGUAGAUGGAGACUUCAUCAUCAGUAUUGUUGAAGGGAAAGUCGCAGGGACCUACAGUUGCAUGUAUCACAUAGAAGCACACCUUAAUGUCCAGUCACAUCACAGUGAGCCCCUGAAGCUAUUGGGGCCAGCAGGUUUGCUUACCUGGAAUUAUAUUCUGAAUGAAAUUAUCAGGUUUUCCCUGAUCAUGCAUCUUCUUGCCUUGCUGUUGGUAGUGCUGUGGAUAAGGUGGAAGUAUUGGAGACUAAGAAACAGAGAAGCCUGGUUGCUGGGAACAGCUCAAGGGGUCACCAUGCUGUUCAUAAUCACGGCUCUCCUCUGCUGUGGACUGUGCAAAGGGGUAUUGACAGAAGAGACUGAAAUAAUCAUGCCAACCCCUAAGCCUGAGCUAUGGGCAGAGACCAAUUUCCCUCUGGCCCCGUGGAAGAACUUAACCCUAUGGUGCAGAAGCCCUUCCGGAUCAACUAAGGAGUUUGUGCUGCUGAAGGAUGGGACUGGGUGGAUUGCAACUCGCCCAGCCUCAGAGCAGGUCCGGGCUGCUUUCCCCCUUGGCGCCCUGACCCAGAGCCACACCGGGAGUUACCACUGCCAUUCAUGGGAGGAGAUGGCUGUGUCGGAGCCCAGUGAGGCACUUGAGCUGGUGGGGACAGACAUUCUCCCCAAACCUGUCAUUUCUGCUUCCCCACCAAUCCGGGGCCAGGAACUGCAAAUUCGGUGCAAAGGAUGGCUGGCAGGAAUGGGGUUUGCUCUAUAUAAGGAGGGAUUGCAGGAACCUGUCCAGCAACUUGGUGCCUUUGGGAGAGAAGCCUUCUUUACAAUCCAAAGAAUGGAGGAUAAAGACGAAGGCAAUUAUAGUUGCCGCACUCACACUGAAAUGCACCCCUUCAAGUGGUCUGAGCCCAGUGAGCCCCUGGAGCUUAUUAUAAAAGACAUGUACCCGAAACCCUUCUUCAACACAUGGGCGAGCCCAGUGGUCACUCCUGGUGCCCGAGUGACUUUCAAUUGCUCUACCCCCCACCAGCACAUGAGCUUUAUUCUUUACAAAGACGGAAGUGAAAUAGCGUCCAGUGACAGGUCUUGGUCAAGCCCAGGAGCCAGUGCAGCUCAGUUUCUAAUCAUUUCGGUGGGCAUUGGUGAUGGAGGGAAUUACAGCUGCCGCUAUUAUGAUUUUGCUAUCUGGUCUGAGCCCAGUGAAUCUGUGGAGCUCGUGGUGACAGAAUUCUACCCUGAACCCACUCUCCUGGCACAGCCAGGUCCUGUGGUGCUUCCUGGGAAAAAUGUGAUCCUACACUGCAAAGGGGCUUUCCAGGGCAUGAGGUUUGCCCUCCUGCAUGAGGGAACCCAGGUUCCUAUACAGUUCCAGAGUACCUCAGGGAAUUCAACUGACUUCCUCCUCCACACUGUUGGAGCAGAAGACUCUGGGAACUACACCUGCGUCUAUUAUGAGACGACCAUGUCAAACAGGGGAUCACAUCUCAGCAAACCCAUUAUGAUCUGGGUGACUGACACAUUUCCUAAGCCAUGGUUGUUUGCCAAGCCCAGUUCUGUUGUUCACAUGGGGCAGAAUGUUACUCUCUGGUGCCAAGGGCCAGUCCAUGGAGUAGGGUACAUUCUGCACAAAGAAAAAGAAGCCACUUCAGUGCAGCUCUGGGGAUCCACCAGUAUUGAUGGGGCAUUCCCCAUCACCAAUAUAUCUGGUGCUAGCAUAGGGCGUUACACCUGCUGCUACCACCCUGACUGGGCCAGCCCUAUCAAGAUACAGCCUAGCAACACCCUGGAACUCAUAGUCACAGGUUUGCUCCCCAAACCCAGCCUAUUAGCCCAGCCUGGUCUCAUGGUGGCCCCUGGGGAAAAUAUGACUCUUCAAUGUCAAGGGGAAUUGCCAGACUCAACAUUUGUCCUGUUGAAAGAGGGUUCUCAAGAGCCUUUAGAGCAACAGAGACCAAGUGGCUACAGGGCUGACUUCUGGAUGCCAGCAGUGAGAGGUGAAGAUUCUGGGAUCUAUAGUUGUGUUUAUUAUUUGGACUCUGCUCCCCUUGCAGCUUCCAAUCACAGUGACUCCCUGGACAUCUGGGUGACUGAUAAACCUCCUAAACCCUCCCUGUCAGCCUGGCCCAGCACAGUGUUCAAGCUCGGGAAGGAAAUCACCCUUCAGUGCCGAGUACCAAUGCCAGGUGUUGAAUUUGUCCUGGAACACGACAGAGAGGAAGCACCUCAGCAAUUCUCAGGGGAUGGAGACUUUGUCAUUAACAAUAUAGAAGGAAAAGGCAUUGGAAACUACAGUUGCAGCUACCGCCUCCAGGCCCACCCUAAUAUCUGGUCAGAGCCUAGUGACCCUCUGGAGCUGGUGGGUGCAGCAGGGCUUGCUGCUCAGGAGUGCACUGUGGGGAACAUUGUCCGAAGUAGCCUGAUUGUAGUGGUGGUUGUAGCUUUGGGGGUGGUGCUAGCCAUAGAGUGGAGGAAGUGGCCUCGACUUCGAACCAGAGACUCAGAGACAGAUGGACGGGACCAAACCAUAGCCCUUGAAGAAUGUAACCAAGAAGAACUGGGCACCAGCUCCAACUCUCCCUCUUCAAUCUCUCAGGGAACCUUAGUGGACCUGCCAGUCCCAAUAUAAUAAUCUCUUCCUUUACAAGAGCUUUCUCCUCCUCUCUCUUUUAUCCUCAGACACCUGGAGAUCUGACUGUUUACCCUGGGAGUCAGCCCAUCAUCUAUUCCUUAGUCACUAAUCACUUGAGCUGGGUCAAGGGGGUUCUGGGAGUUGAGAGCUCUACUAUGAAAUGUAGAUAUAUGGUGAGAUAUUUCCUGAAAUGAGAUUUCCCAUCCCUAUAACUCUUCAUUGUACUGAUUUACUGAUGCAUGUAAUUCUAUUAAAAAGUAUUAUUCUGAAUAAAGAGAGUAUUCACUAUUUAA